AUGGGCAAGUCGUCGUCUCUGUGGGUGGUCCUGCCAACGGCCGCAGCGGCCGCUGUGCUCAUCUAUCUGCUCGUUCCUGAUGAACGUCAACGCGUUAUCCGCCGACUUCCGGCCCCGGCCUCAACGCUUCCUGUGCUAGGUAAUACACUAGACCUCAUGAGUCUGGAGCUACCACGACUACACGACUGGAUCGCCGAGCAAUGCAAGGCCUUCGGUGGCCGCACGUGGCGUCUUCAGGUGCUAGGAUCUCCGCCGCUUGUGGUCGUAAGCAGCGUCGAAUGUUUCGAGGACGUGCUCAAGACGCAGUUCGAGGUGUUCGACAAGGGCCAUCGCAUGAACGACAUCUUCCGUGACGUGGCCGGCGGUGGUAUCGUGGCUGUGGAUGGGGCCAAGUGGGUGACCCAACGCAAGAUGCUCAGCCGGCUCUUCACUAUGCGAGCCUUCCGCGAGACCAUCUCUCAGUGCGUGCACGACUACACUCUGGUCCUUGGCCGUUCACUCAACGAAUCAGCCCGGACUGGGGUCCCUAUCGACUUUGCAGACGUGAUGCACCGCUUCGCAUUCGAUGUAUUCACCGACAUCUCGUUUGGCCUGCAGGCCAAUUCACUGCAAGGCGGAGAACACACAGAGUUCAUGGAGGCCAUGGGCAAGAUCGUCCACAAUUUAGAAAUGAGAUUCCAUUCUCCAGAUUGGCUUUGGAAAUUAAAGCGUGCACUAAAGUUCGGGAGCGAAAAAGAGCUGGCCGAAGAAGUGGCCGUCUUGGACAAGAUGGUGUUCACUAUGAUCAAUAGAAACAUGGAGCGCAAGUUUAAUCCGGACGCAGCGGCCAACGAAUGGCCGCCACGCCCUCCACGUACCACGAAGGACGUGGUAUCGCUCUUCCUGGACGCCCACGAUGAGCAGAAGACGUCGGCCGAAGCGGAUGACACACAACUGGACGCGAACUUCUUACGAGACAUCGCUGUCGUGGUGCUCCUGGCCGGUAUGGACACCACGGCGUGGUCCUUAUCCUGGCUCAUAGUCAUGCUUAACCGUAACCCAAAAGUGGGGACUAAAUUGCGUCAGGAACUACGUGACAAACUACCUCGACUAUUCAGUGACCCCAGCUACGUACCCACCAUGGAUGACGUAGAAGGCCUCGUGUAUCUAGACGCCGUACUACGUGAAAACUUAAGACUUAACCCAGUCGUGCCACUGAACGCAAAGGAAGCGAAUCGUGACGCGACGCUCGUGGAUGGAACUUUUGUCAAGAAAGGUACACGCGUCUACAUCCCGUCCUAUGCGUUAGGCCGUAUGAAGAGCGUGUGGGGCCGAGACGCGGCCAAGUUCAAGCCGGAACGAUGGCUCAUGCAGGACCCGUGGACGGGCGAGCUCACCAUCCGCCCUGUGUCGGCCUUCCAGUUCGUAUCUUUCCACGCUGGCCCGCGUACGUGCUUGGGUAUGCGUUUUGCUAUGCUCGAGAUGAAGACCGUGACGGCUUAUAUGCUGAGCAAAUACCACUUCACGACCAAGGAAAACCCCAAGAGUUACACAUACGACGUGGCUUCUGUACUUCAGAUCAAGGGCCCGCUGAUCGUCAAAGUCCAACGAGCUGGCUAA